CACUACAACUCUGAAUUCUGAAGUAGAAGGUGCCCUAGAUUUUCCAACAAGGGUUUAGCCAUUCAGACUUCGAGAGAGAGAAAAAAGAGCGAGAAGAUGGAGGUUGUAGAUGAAGGGAUUGAUAGACUCGUAGAAGACUCAAAGGAUUUACAGCAACAGAGUAAAGCCCUUGACAAGCUCACUGAUCAUGUCGAAGAUCGUCAACUCGAUAUAUCCAGAGUCCAAGAGGCUAUGGCGUCGAUUGCUGCAUCUUCAGAAGCUGAUUUGAAUGCGAUGAAAUUGAGAGAGAAAGAAUUGGCUGCGGUGAAGAUAAACGCUGGUGAUAUAGACAUCAUUGCGGACGAGCUAGAGAUGGACAAGAAGGUUGCAGAGAGAACAUUACGGGAACACAAAGGUGAUGCUGUUGCUGCUGUGCGUCACUUGCUUCGAUAGAAAUCAUGGAGUAGCAUGCAUAUCGUAAAUUUCUUGGCGUUUCAUUGGAGUCUAAUUGUGUGAGACAGGUGAAAAUACAGUUGGUCUUGCCUUCUAGAAGAUCAACCCAACUUCCAAGAUAGGGUUUAUAUUGUACUUCAGGGGUAAUUUUCACCUCCAAUUUUUUCAUCAACUGUACUGCUUUUAUGUUCAUGGUCCUUGUCCUUGUUGUGAUGUUUCUGAGUGAAAACCUUAUGUAGAAUUUAUCCAAGUAUCGACCUUUUUCUCUUGAACCAA